AUGUCAGAGCUGGAAGGUAGAGAUGAACUGCCAGAAUUUAGGCAGCGCCGAAAGGUUGCCAAUGUAAGCCAACUAGUGUUAGUGAUGACACAAGCACAGGUUGACCCUACCCACAACUAUGGAUUCAUGAAGUAUUUGACUACACCCGUUUAUCGACUAACGAUUUAUGAGGAGCAAACGGGUGGUUGGAGUGAGCUGCCACCACUGCUCGGGUUCUCCGAUGGGUUGCCAAUGUUUUGCCACCUUGCCGCACUGGGGUUGAACCUAGUGGUGAUUGGAGGGUGGAAUCAGGUGACUUGGGAGGUUUCAAAUGCUCUGUUCAUUUACAAUUUUCUUUCUGCCAAGUGGCGUCGUGGGACCGAUAUGUCAGGUGGUCAUAGAUCAUUCUAUGCUUGUGCGUCUGAUUCUAAUCGAACGGUGUUCAUUGCUAGUGGACAUGACUACAAUAAGAAUGCUUUAAGAUCUGUGAUGAUGUAUGACGUGACAUAA